GUAUUUUUCCUUCAAUCUUGCUUCGAUUUUUUUUUUUCUUCUGGGUGUUGUCUGUGUGUUUAACAUAUCUGAAGUUUCACUGGGGUGUUGCUCCUGACCAGACACGGACAGUCAGAUAGUUCGUUCUAUGUAGAAUUUUUAUAAAUCACUUCGGAGUUAUUAUCUCUCUUUUCGCUGCACUUUUAGGCAGCACAAGCAGACUGCUUUAGUUUAGCUGCUGUUAGCUUGAUCAGCUAACUGGGAUCAAUGCAGGCCAUUAAGUGUGUGGUGGUGGGAGACGGGGCUGUGGGUAAAACAUGUCUGCUCAUCAGCUACACCACCAACGCCUUCCCAGGAGAAUACAUCCCCACGGUAUUUGACAACUACUCUGCUAACGUGAUGGUGGACGGGAAACCAGUGAACCUGGGUCUGUGGGACACAGCAGGACAGGAGGACUACGACCGGCUGAGGCCGCUGUCCUACCCUCAGACAGACGUUUUUCUUAUUUGCUUCUCCCUCGUCAGUCCAGCUUCCUUUGAAAACGUCCGGGCCAAGUGGUAUCCAGAGGUCAGACACCACUGCCCCAAGACGCCAAUCAUCCUGGUGGGCACCAAGUUGGACCUGAGGGAUGACAAGGACACCAUUGAAAAGCUGAAGGAGAAGAAACUCUCUCCCAUCAUCUAUCCACAGGGCUUGGCCAUGGCUAAGGAAAUAAGUGCAGUGAAGUACCUGGAGUGCUCUGCUCUGACGCAGCGCGGCCUUAAGACGGUGUUCGAUGAAGCCAUCAGGGCGGUCCUGUGCCCCCAGCCCACCAAGAAGCCCAGGAGGAGGAAGUGCACCGUACUGUAAGGAAGACCCGUCCGGAUCAGAACACACGACCAGGAUGAAGGAAAAACAGACCACAGGUUCCUACAACUAGCUUUUCUACCACGCCGGAUCAGAGCUUUUUGUACAUAGGAGGAAAA